GGCGCUCUCUGGCCCAGCAUGACUACUCUGAUCAAGGUGCCCUGCUCGUCAGCCAACAUUGGCCCCGGUUUCGACGUCAUCGGUCUUGCGCUCAACCUUUACCUCGAGGUCGAGGUUACAGUCACCAACAAGGACAAGUCCGACCAUACGCUCAAUUGCAAGGUCACUUACGAAGGCGUGGGCGCAGAAGACGUUCCUCUUGUUGCCCAGGAUAACCUCAUCACGCGAACGGCCGUAUACGUCCUCCGCUGCCAUGGCAUCCGCGAAUUUCCCCCCGAGACACACGUACACGUCAAGAACCCGAUACCCUUGGGACGAGGCUUAGGCUCCUCUGCCGCAGCCAUUGUGGCAGGCGUACACAUAGCCAACGAAGUAGGCAACCUCAAGCUGUCAAGGGCGCGCAUGCUCGACUACUGCCUGAUGGAAGAGCGCCACCCCGACAAUGUCGCAGCAGCCCUCUACGGAGGCUUUGUUGGCACGUACCUGAACGAACUCUCACCCGAGGAUACCGAGCGCCUCGAGAUUCCGCUCAGCGAAGUCCUGCCCCAGCCCGCAGGAGGCGUAGACACUGGUCUGCGCCCACCCGAGCCUCCUCUGAACAUUGGGCACUACACCAAGUUUAACUGGUCGCCCACCAUCAAGUGUGUCUGCGUCAUACCACAAUUCGAAGUGUCGACAGCAAAGGCACGUGCUGUGUUACCCGAAAUGUAUUCAAGGAAAGAUGCCAUUUUCAACAUGCAGCGUCUGGCUGUCCUCACGACCGCUCUCGGCCAAGCCACACCCGACCCCGACAUGAUCUACACGGCCAUGCAAGACAAGUUCCACCAGCCAUAUCGUAGCGGCCUAAUCCCUGGCCUAACCGAGAUAUUGCAAUCCGUCACGCCACAGUCACACCCCGGUCUGCUGGGCAUCUGCCUUUCCGGUGCCGGCCCGACGAUACUCGCCCUCGCUACGGAGAACUUUGACAAUAUUGCAGAGCAUCUGCUGCAGGAGUUCAAGAAGGAGGGCAUAACAUGCGAUUGGAAGCUGCUUGAGCUAGCCGAAGAGGGCACGAUUGUCACGCGUUCGGCAAACACAUCACAACCAGCUGGCGAGGCCCUGACAUAUGCAUCGUCUGGCGUCAGCAUCGAUGCCGGCAACCAGCUGGUGAAGCAGAUCAAGGCGCUGACGGCCAGCACAAAGCGGCCUGGAGCUGAUGGCAAGAUUGGCGGAUUUGGCGGACUGCUCGACCUGCAAGCCGCUGGAUACACAGAGGCACCCAUACUCGUGGGCGCUAUCGAUGGCAUCGGCACAAAGGUCAAGAUUGCUUUCGAGAUGGGCAAGCACGACACGGUUGGCAUUGACCUUGUGGCCAUGAAUGUCAACGACCUGGUCGUUCAGGGAGCGGAGCCGCUCAUGUUCCUGGACUAUUACGCGUGCAGUAAGCUCGAUGUGGAGGGUGCAGCAAAGUUUGUUGAGGGAGUUGCCAAUGGCUGCCGGCAAUCUGCAUGCGCGCUCGUAGGUGGAGAGACUGCAGAGAUGCCUGGCAUCUACCAAAAGGGCGAGUAUGACGCAGGCGGAGCGGCCAUUGGAGCAAUCAAGCAGGGCGCGACGAUAUUGCCAGACACGGCGUCCAUGGCGGAAGGCGAUGUCUUGUUGGGCCUUGGAUCGAGUGGGGUCCACUCCAACGGGUUCUCGCUUGUUCGACGGAUCGUUGAGUCGCAGGGCCUGGCAUACUCUGAUAGCUGCCCUUGGAGCUCCGGUGAGAAUUUAGGCACAGCUCUCCUGACGCCAACUAAGAUCUACGUCAAGCCGUUGCUAGCUGUAGCUCGGCGGGGCCUGAUCAAGGGUAUGGCCCACAUUACCGGCGGCGGGCUGCUCGAGAACAUCCCGCGCAUGUUGCCGGAGACGCUUAGUGCUGAACUGGAUGCAAAGGCAUGGCCCGUUCUAGACGUGUUCAAGUGGUUGAAGAAAGCGGGUCGAAUGGAGCACGCCGAAUUUGCGAGAACCUUCAACACGGGUCUGGGUAUGGUGCUUGUAGUCAGCCAGGAGAACGUGCGGACGACCAUGGAGCGGCUGCAAGAGUAUGGCGAGAAGGUCUACGUGGUUGGGUCUCUGAAGAAAAGGACGGGCGAGGAAUGCAUUGUGAACAACAUGGACGUGUGGGGUUGAGUCUGCUUUGCUGCGUCGGUGAACGCAAACGUGUAGAAGAAAAGGCAUGUCUUGGAGCACUUGGACUGGGACCGUUCUAGCCUUGCAUCGGAAAUCCCCGCCAUUGAAGCGGCGUAUGAAGCAAAUAUAUACCCACCU